CUUUUUUUAUAGGUUGAUUGACGUCACGUCAUCGUCAGUCUGCGUUCUCAUUAUUUUUAUUUAUUUUGCGAUUUCCAAAGUUUUUUUUAGGUUUUACAAAUCAACUGUUGAAAUAAUAUCACAUCAUAAGUAGUGAUCUCAAUUCUAAACAAAAUGGACAAUCAGUAUUAUUACAAGUUGAUGGCAAGCUAUCUAUCAAAACGAAAUUGUGACGAGUCUUUUAUGAGAUACUUUUUCGGUAAGAAUUCUUUGAAAAAGACACCGGAGGAGUUAGAACGAGCUGAUGAAAGGAAGCGGCGAUUACAGCGAGAAAGGUCUCGUCGAUAUCGGGCGUUAAAGAAUGCAAGACGCCAGCACGAGGGCGGCAGCGGGGGUGCUCGCGACGCCAGUGACGGCGACAGCUCCGCUAGUCGUGGCAAAUCGCGAGCGUUGUUACUCGAGGAAGAGUUCAGCGACGGUGACGAGCCACCCACUCUUUGUGAUCUCAAUUACGAGGACAAGUGGCGAGGCGGCUCCUCCGACUGCCCGUCCGACGACAACUCUGCCCAGUCCGCACCCGAUCCCAAGGAACCGCCGCUCACGGGCGAUGUUACCCUUAGUCUUAAAGAAUUUCUCAGCUCGCCCAAUACAGAGCUUGAUUAUCCCACAGUGCACAGCCUGAUGUUCCACUGGCUGCAAACGUAACAUUACCACUGUCACAAACAGAUUAUUGGGGCUUUUGUUCUCAUCAGCCCUCAUCAUAUCAUUGUGGAUUCUAAAUUAUUUUAUGAUCUGUCUAUCAAGUUCUAAUUCAUAAUUGUGGUAACAUAAGUUGAACUUUAAUAACACAUGAAUGGAAAGUAGAUGAUUUAUGUGAUAGCCUUACACAUAUCGCAUGAACAUUAGGAUGCCGCUUAUAUUGUAAUAAUAUAUAAUACUGCACAUCAAAUUGACAAAACCGUCCUGUUAUAAUUUAAACUGACUAAUAAGUAGUGAGUAAUGUUAGUAGAAGUUUCAUUGUACCUACUUGCUUCUAUUUGUAUUGGAGGUAAUCUAUGGAACUGAGAUUUAAGUAAGCAAAUUUGCUUUAUGAUAAUGUCCAUCGUGCUCUUCUAAUGCUGAGCAUCAUCAAACUAUUGAUGCCAUCUUGUGUGAUUCACUUGUUAUGAAGAAGUAUUAAAUUUGAAUAAACAAAACUUGAAAAUCUGUUGUGAUCAAGUCUCUUGAGUUAAAUGAAGUCGUGUUGUGUCAAAGGCGGACUUCUUCAGCAAUUAGAAUAUUCCACUAGACAAUAAGUCGUUGUUAAGUUGCCAUAUCCUAAUAUUUAGAUACUCAACUAUUAUACAUUAUUAUAUAUAUGCGUAUAGAAAAGUAUAGAGUAUAUAAACCUAUAGUUUGUGAUACGAAUGAAUUUUACAUUUUGUGUGGAUCUACAAUAUUAGUUGUAACAUAGGUUAAGAGUGAGUAGGUGCUCCUUGGCCGUACUAAGUGCACAUAGCCUUGUAGCUUUUGUUGUAGAAGUGUGAUAAAAUUUGUGCUAAGCAAUGAUGACAGCAGUGUAUAUAUACACUGAUGCUACAUUCCUGACAACAAACCUUUUGAAAUGGACAUAAAUUUUGUUGAUUACCUGCAUGCAUUUAUUGUUAAUACUCAUUAUAUCAGUUACAGAUUGAUGCUCUCUUUGAAACAACCGAUCAAUGAUAAGCAAUAUGCUUUUAUGGUGGUGCAAUUAGUUUGCUAUGAUUGGACAGAUAUAUCAUAAGUUGUUAUUGAAUAAAAUGAGUAGCAUAAGUUUAUAAUUGAUACUAGGUUACAAUUGAAUAAUGUUCAAGUCUCAAUAAGGACCUGUUUUCAAAAGUGCUCUGUGAUAAUAUAAGGGUUUUGGAUUGUGGAAAUGUGAUUGGUUGAUAAGUUCUUUGGUAGGCACAUGUUCGACAGAGCACACAAUAACAUGGCUCUACAGGCCAUAAGCUAACUAUUGGAUAAACAAGCAGCCAUUGUUAUUAAUCUAAGAAAGUAUUUCAUUACAAUGUUCUUAUUAAAUUUCAUGUCACAAGGGUCAUUAUAUUUAGUUUAUAAAGAUACAUACAAAAUAGGGAUUGUAUGUAUUUUUAUGCCUUUCUUUAUUAAAGUUAACAUAGCACUAACUAAUAUUCUUUCAGUGAAUGUAUUAUCUUAUUAAAGCACUAACAGCAAAGCCUCCCUUAUUAGAUGUAAGUACUGUAAUCUUAAGUGCUUUGUUUUAAUGAGAAUUUAUGACAGUUGAUAAGCCUCAUAAAUCAACUGUAUUCAAACAAGAGUAAAUAAAAUUGUAAAUUUACAUUUGUAAUAAUUAUGUUGGUUUCCUGAGAGUUUAAUGUAAUAAAAGCCAUAUAAUAAGCCAUAUUCGUUUAGUACAACAUAAUUUCAAAGAGGUACACUAUUUAAUUUGCAUGUUUAAUUAUAAAUAAAUAAUUACCUAUAUAAAAUUAUAACAGAGGUUUUAUAGUGUAUCACUUUAGCAACAGAUCUGGCAGCUCACAUUGUUGUAGAAUUAUUUUAUGAAAUGAAGAAAACUCGUAAUUGUUGUUAAUGGUGCGAUGAUUUUUAAUUGCGUUUUAAAAGCGUAUUCUGAACUGGCCACAUGGUGCAGGCGGACACAAUUAAUGUUACGAUACUUUACCAGUCACCGUAGCAUGAGCACAACAAUUUACAUUAAAUCACGUUUUUAUCGUGUCGAACUGUCAAACUCCAUAGUAAUUUGACAAAUGAGCGUGAUAAAAACGCGUUAUAUAUCAUAUCGCGGUGCUCAGGCUUGGGGGGCUGGAUAGGAACAAAUAACACAA